AUGUACUGCGAACUAACAGUGUCAUUUCUUGAAAUCCACGGCAACUUUACCGCCAUUCAGACGCUGACUUUAACUUCAGGACCUGGCGUAUUCCAAGCUGGGUCGAACUUCACAUUCUUACAAGUUCGCCAUCUCGUCAUCACCGGUGUGUCCAUUGCUGAUUUGGACUGUAAUAUGCUAAAAGGCCUAACGGGUCUAGAAUCAGUGACUAUACAAUAUACAAAACUGUCGGCGAUACCGAAAUGUGCUCUGUUACAGGCCGACAACAUCACUUCGCUCAGUCUAAAUCAUAACUCCGUCCAAAAGCUGCAUAGGCGGGCUUUCUCGGAUGUUCCAACUGUUAGGCACUUAAACCUGACAGGAAACUGUCUUGUCGGACUUCAGAAUGACACUUUGGAAGGAAUUCAAAGGCUGGAAGUCUUGGACCUCUCAGAUAACUGUAUUCCCGGGAAAUUUAAUUCCGCUGCAUUUUCCACUCAACAGAACCUUAAAUGGCUAAGCCUUGCAAAAAACAAGAUUUCAGCGAUACCUGAAGACCUAUGGAGAUACCUACCACAGCUAGAAUUUGUAGAUCUGAGCGAAAAUGAACUAUUUCAUUUCGACAGCAUGUUGUUUUAUCCCCAAAGCACUUUUGUUAUCAACUUGUCCAAAAAUAUGUUACAAAGUCUUCGUAAUCUUCGAGUGGAAUUCCAACGUCAACACAAUGGAUUUGCCAAUUUGGCUUUAUACGUGGAUGCUUCUGGAAACAGUCUGACGCAGUUUGACGGAGUGGCUGUUGAUGGACCUCAACAAUGUGAACUCCAUGUGGACAUCAAAGCUGACGAUAAUGAAAUUCCUGUGUUUGACUGGGACCCAGUGAUUGGAACAGCCUGUGGGGACAACAUACAGCUUCAUCUUUCCAUGGCCCGUAACAAGCUUGCUCAGUUUCCUCCUUGUCAUUUGUCCCUUCUACACAGAUUCCACUUCCAGCUGCUAAAUAUGUCCGGUAACUCCAUAGAGGGAAAGGUGAACCAAUUAUGUGGGGCUUCUGAGGUAAAAACGCUUGACUUGUCCAACAACAAGCUUUCUGAAAUUGGCAAAAUUGUUUCACUAGGUGGAAAAUUGGAAAAUCUAAUGCUGGCAGGAAAUAAAAUCGCACACAUUGGUGAAAAUGACUUUGAGGAUAUCAAAUCAAACCUACAGGUAAUCAAUUUGACAAACAAUUCGAUCACCUCGAUAACAGAGGCUAUGAAUCACUGUCCAAAGGCAGCCAGUAUAUAUUUGGCACGUAAUCCUUUAGACUGUGUGGUAAAUAAAACUCAUAUUGGUGACUACAGUAAUCUUUGCGAUUUCAUGGACACUCUUGACGAUGCCAGAUGCUUAUAUCCUCCAAAUCUACGAGCUAUCCAGGUUCGGUGUGCACUGGGAGAAAAUUGCUCAUCUGCGGAUUUGGGUCGGUGUAGAAACGAUUCAUAUGUAGAAGUUGAUUUAAAAGCCCAUCCAAACGAUCGCGGCUUGAAUCUUCAUUGGAAUUUAAUUGGUCCUGGGCAGGAAAAUGUAAGUCAAUUCUUAAUAUCGGUGAUUCGUCUCAGGGACAAUGUCAUUGUAACAAAUGUAUUUGUUCACAGACUUGAGCGGGACCAUACUGUCUCAACUUUACAUUCCGGUGAACAGUAUAAGGUGUGUAUCACAGUUUUCGUCAACAUCGUGACAUCAAAAAGAUGUGUGGAAACGAUUGGGAUUACAUCCCCGCCACCUCCGGAGAACAUUCAGCUGUGGAUAAUUGUGGCUAUUGUUGUGUUGGGGACAAUUAUCGUAAUCCUUGUGGUUGUAUUAAGUGUUUAUGCGAUGCGUCGAUAUCGAAAUUCUCGACGGAACAGGCAUCGGACUUUUCCAAAAGAACUAGACCAGUUUCCGCCAGGAAAUGGAACCAUGGGCAGCACAAAAAGCAACGACUCACACCACACCGAAGUUGUUUAUGCCGGAUACACUCAAGGACCCAGCUGCUUGGACCAUACACUUCAAACCAAAAGGAAACAAACGAUUGGACAUAAAAACAAUAGCGAGGAAAACUCAACACACCAAUACCCAGCUCUUCCCGAGUCGGGCAAGGUAGAUAAUGAAACUUCGGUUUAUGAGGUUCAGACACACGAAGACAAGUCUGCAUUAUGUGUCCAGCCUGCUGGUAUUUGUACUGCCACAGAAGUCGGUGAUGCUGCAUCUGAUGUGGUAAGUCCUUGCUCUGUGUCAAACGAUGAUAUUGUGAUGAAUACAGUACUUUGUAUGGGAAACAGACAUGGCUACAUUACCCCAUCGUUCAUACUGGCGCCCUGUACCGAUCCACAACAUGAACCUAAAUUACCGCAACAUUUAUCAGAAAAGGAUUGUGAAAUUGACGCCGAAAAUCCAAAUAGCCCAACGAGUAGCCUCUUUGGGUCGUCCGAUGAGACCAUGUCGACAUUAAAACGAUCAAAUGAUCAACCAUUUUGUGCAGACAUAUCUGACCCACUCCGAUCACAGAAUCAGGUAGAAAGCCUUCAUGACAGAAAGACCCUUCUGAGUGAACAAGAAGCUGUCGCAUUUUACUGUCCAGAAAAUGAUGUGUACGGCAUAUCAGGUGUUCAAAACAGGAAUUCAUCACAAACAGCUGGCGAUACCUUCCGUUCUCUAGGAGACAAUGACAAUGCGAUAUAUCUUUGCUCAAUGACAUUUGCGUAUGAGGACAUGGCUCUGCAUAGUCCUCGUCUCAACAACAAGUCGGUCUACCACAACAUGCCUAACUGUAAUAGUACAGGCGUUCCUAGCAUCCAGGAAGUAAUGCCGAAAGGGAACAGAGAUUUAGAAUGUGUUACAGAAACACAUGUGGAGGAGUCGAAAAAAAUCUGUCAGGAUAUAUCUGAGAUCGGCUCUACUAUAGAGCUGUCGGAAAUUGACUCUAGUACGAGCUGCCAUGUGGAUGUGCCGAAGCACAGAUGUCAUGUUGCUCCUGCUUCUAACCCUAGGGUAGAGGAAACAGGAAACAACUCUGAAGACACCCCUGUUGCUUGCACAGGUUUAAAAGUGCAGAGGAGCAAUCGUAGUGUUGAAUCUGUUUCCAACCCUUACGUAGAGGAACCAGAAACUAUUGGUAACUUUGUGGUUGUUGCCUGCCCUCGAGCAGAACCAGAGAACACUUCUAUUGUUCCACCUGUUAUUCUAACGAAACAAAAGACUACACUUCAGGAAGAGAAACUGGGAGCCAGCUGUAAGCGUCAGUUUGACACUGGUUGUCGAAUAGAAGACCUCAAUUGUGAUGAAUUGUCCGUUGAAAGCACCCAUCAAAGCGUGUUACAUACUCUUACACAUGGAUUAAGUUUUCAGAAUGAUUCAUCUGGAGAGUCUUCCGGUUUCGUCAGUGACACUGGAUUCAUUAAUCAUGGGCAUAUACAAAGUGACGCUUAG